AUGUGGUCAUUAAUUUUAUGUGUUUUAGGAUUGACUCAAUUCAUUUCUGCAUCAGCAUUUACUUUUAUAUUGGGAGCAAAUCAAAAAUCAUGUUAUUAUAUUUUCACUGAAAAACCAAAAGUUCCAAUUCGUUAUUAUUUUGCCGUUCAAAGUGGUGGAUCAUUUGAUGUUGAUUAUGAAAUUGUUGAUCCUAAUGGUAAUAAAGUUGUUUCUGAUUCUAAACAAAGACAAGGUGAUUUUGUUUUCAAUGCUGAUUUUGUUGGUGAAUAUGAAUUUUGUUUCUCAAAUACCAUGUCAACAUUUGCUGAAAAAGUGAUUGAUUUUGAAAUUAAAUUUGAAAAUGAAGAUAAUGCUGAAAAAUUUAGAGCAAAUCUACCAAAUCAACCCGAUGUUAAACCAUUAACUCAUGUUGAAAAUAUGCAAACCACCAUUGAUAGAAUUGAUGCUCAAUUGGAUGGAUUAUAUAAAGCUAUGCAAUAUUAUAAAACAAGAAAUAAUAGAAAUCAAGCUACAGUUGUGUCAACUGAAUCAAGAAUUUAUUAUUUCUCCAUUUUUGAAGUCUUAUUGAUGGUAGGAAUGGGAUUCUUACAAAUUACUAUUGUUCAAUUAUUCUUUAGAGGAUCAAGAAAACAAUUGGUGUAA